GCUACUUAUUAAGGGUAAUAAUUAUAUUUUAUUAUUGGCACAAUAUUAAAUAGAAUUAGUUGAAAAAAUGUCUGUAAAUGCGCCAAACCCUAAAGAAGUUCAGGAUUUCAAAUUUAUAUUACACAGUAAAGUUAAAAUUUUUGAAAAAUGUGAAACGCCGUGUAAUAACACUUCCCUUUUAUGUGCUGCGAGUCGGUUUGGAUUAAUUUUCACUGCUUGUCAAAAUAUUGUUAAAGUUGUACAGCUAUCAUCUUUGGUACAAAACUCACCUAAAGAUAAAAAUGUUGCUGUUCGAAAACAAGAACUCCCUGGGCAUGUAACUUAUCUUGCUGUGAAUUGUGAUCAUACAGUUUUGUCCAUAGUGUUAACUUCUAAUGGAAACUUUAUAUUACAAUUUUAUGAUGUUACUUCAUAUUAUAAACAGACAAUAGUAUUAGUUAGCGAAGUAAGGCUACCCAGCCCUUUGUUACAAAUGUCAUGGAAUCCCUGUAUAGCAAAUGUAGUAGCUGCUACUUUAGAAAAUGGCACAUUGUGGUCCUGUGAAUUUGGUAAUGGCCUGAAAAUAAAUUCAACAGAAAAUGAUGUGCAAGCUUUAUCAUUAUCAUGGAGCCCGAAGGGAAAACAAAUUGUCAUUGGGACAAAAUCUGGCACAUUAUGCCAAUUCAAACCAGAUUUGAAGCCUGUAAAAACUAUCAGUGUAUCCGAUAUGAAAGGCUCCAUAAUUUCUGUUCAAUGGCUGAGCAAUUAUCAGUUUGCAGCUACAUUUCUUGAUUCUUCAGAUCCUAAAAAUCCACCUAAUGUAGUUAUAAUAAAUGCUCCAAAAUCGGGACAGAUUUAUAGUAUAAAUUAUGAUGAAGUUUGUUAUAGCUCAAGAAAUUGCUCUCCAAAAUCAAUUUAUUUUAUACAUCAGCAAUCAUGGUCACUUUUAUUUGUACUUUCUGUGAAUAGUAUAGAAGUUGGUUUAUUAGCGGGUAUUAUUGCGCAAGAUGUUUGUAAUUGGGAACAAUGGUUUUUGGCGGAUGAUGCUAGAGCAGAACUUCCAUUAGUUGGAAGAUAUGAAUCCUUCAUGUGCGGUUAUGCUCUUGAUACUGGAAGCACUAAACAAAUUACUAUCGGUGAUAAUAAAACUUUACAACCAAUGCCAAUGUUACAUUUACUUACGGAUCAUGGUUUCCUAAUCAGUUUUGACGCCUUGAAUUUAAAAAAUGAUGCACCCUGUAUAUGCUCUCCUCCUGAACCUAUAAAAGAUGGCAGUGGUCUAUCUUCAUUCAUCAUUGAAAGCUCUACAGAAACACCAAACGCAAACACUCAAACAGCAACACAAGCUACUGCAGUUACUUCUCCUUCCAAAAAUGAGAAUUUGUUUACAAGCUCAGUUCCCAACCAAGAGCUAAAACCAAAUAUGACUGUGCAUUCCAGUGAAGAUUUUUCGUUUAUGAUUAAUAAUCCUGCAAUUACAUCCACACCAGCUAAGUCUAUUAAUACUUUGAAUCAGGAGCAUAAGGAAAAAUUAGCACCUUCAUUAUCUGUAAAGGCAAAUUUAGUAAUGGAUAAAACAAUAGGUUCGAAACCUCCAAUAGAAUCAAAACAGAGCUUAACAACACAAACUUUGUGCUCAAAAACAGAUGAUCAUGCUUUUAAUUUUACUGCAACAACUCAAAAUCAAUUAAAAAUUGAAAAAUGUACAACAUUACAACCCAUAAAUCAAACAGCAGGAAGUACUCAAGAUGCUGUUUCCAGCCUGGAAAAGAAAUCAGAUGAAUUGGAGAAUUCAAAUGUGGAUGAAGACAGUGAGGAAAAUGAUGAAGCACUUCUUGAUCUGCUUCAAGGAGAAGCCAGCUAUUUUGUUGAAGAGUUACAAAACCUUUUACUAUGCUCUAGAAAUAUAGACAUGGAGUGCGGGACGGAAAUUGAAUCAAAGUUUUUAUAUUCUGGGAUUAAUGAUAUGAAAAACUUCAUAAAUGAAGCAAAUGAAAGUACCCAGAAUCUCCGUGCAGAAUUACAAAGCCUUCGUCAAGCCCUAAUGGCUGCAUAUUCUUGGACCAGUGAAGCAAAAUGCAAGGUUUAUGGACAUGAAGACACAUAUUCCAUAGAAAAAAUGCUAAUUUCAUCUGAUCUGGAUUCACUUUCUAAAAGUCAGUUGGGAGCUAUAACAAAAUUGUUGUAUUAUGUAGAAUCUCAAAUUCUGCAAUUAAAUAAGCAAAUUAAUGAACAAUGGUCCGAUUUUCAGGAUAAAUGCAAAAGCAAAGCAAAAGGAAAGAUGCAUAUACCAAGUAUGGAGGUUUUGUAUCAGACACUUUUGAAACAAGGCGAUAUCCUUGCAAAACAAAAACGAUUUGUACAUGAAGCAUUGAUUAAAAUUCGAAUAAAACCUGCAAGUCAAGGAACCAAUACAACUGAAGAAAUAUCAGAUCUAUCCAGAAUGCUUGAUGUUAUGAAUAUGAAUUCACAGGAUUUUCAACAAAUUCAUUUGGACAGAAUGUUGACAAGAAAAUACAAAUUUACAAAGAGGAAAGAUGUUGUAUCAAAUAUUUUAUCAAAUCUCAAGACACAAAAAGUAUUGCCUGUUCAAAUAGACUACGACCAUUCCAAAUCAUCUGUCGUUAAAGAAAAACUCCGAAAUAUUAAAGAUAAGAAAUUGAAGCCAGCUUUGCCAUUGAAUAAAACAAAUGAUUUUCAAUCCCAACUAAAUGAUUACAUGGAAAAACAAACAAACAAAGCUAACUCUCAAUCUAAGCAACAUAUUGAACGAAUAAAUAUUCCAGCAGUUUUGCCAGUAUCUGAAAAAAUAAGUGAUAAUACCUAUGUUAUAAGUUUUGGGAAUAACGAGAAACCUCCAACAUCAUCAAAUUUAUCAUUCGUGAAGCCUAGUAUGACAGGAGGAGCACCUGCAUCAGCCUUUAAUGCAAUAAGUAAGACUCCAGUGAGUGAUAUGUCAAAUAAUGCAACUACAUUUCAAUUUGCUGCCCAAAACCCAAUGGUUGUUUCUAAGAAGCGCGAGGAAGAUGCGAGCAGAUCAUUUAGUUUUACAUCUACAGGAGAUGGUGACAAACAUGGAAAACCAGUUGAAUUGGAAACAAAUUCUAUAACAAGCACUACUCUUGAAGCAACAAGAUCUAAUACAAUGGAUGAUUUCACAAAGGACCUUAAAAUUUGCUCACCAUCGUCUUUCAUGAUUAGUAAUAAAGCAGGUUCUCAAUCUGUAAACAUUACUGCAAAAGUGACUGAUAGUAUGCCCAAAACUACAUCAAUAUUCGGAGGAAGUAAGUCAACUAUCCCUCAAGGGUUGUCAACAUCAACUUCAAUAUUUGGUAAUUUAAAUACCAAGGAAGAAAAUACCAAUACUUCUAGAUCAAUAACAGGUGGCAUUACAACCACUACUGCAAGUACUGAUUUUGGCAAAUCUACUGCUGCUACUUUUAGUGUCGCUAACUCAAAUUCAUCGAUUAAUAUAUUUAAGAAUAUGGUUUCUGAUGGCAAAAUAAAUAAUUUGCCGGCUUCAACAAAUGUAUCAAGACCUGAAAGUUCAGAAUAUUCUUCAAUUACAACUACCUCCUCAUCAAUUGAAAAGGAAAAUUCUUCUAUGGCGACAGCUAAUUCUGUUUUUAGUAAACCAUCAUCUACUUCCAUAUUUGGUGGAAAUGCUUCUCUGAAAGUAAAUACCACAUCAACCACCUCUUUAUUCGGUGGAAAUACUUCUACAACUGCAACUGUACUUGGUGCAACUUUAAGUUCUGCUAAUACAAAUUCCAAUUUUGGAUCAUCAUUAACUACCAAAUCUGGCUUGAGUAGUGAUACAACCGCUGUAGGGCCUAUUCUUGGGACAACAUCUGCUACAUCUACGAGUACACUAUUUGGAACUCCUGUUACGGCAGCAAGUUCUGCAUUUAAAGUUCCUAUUACGACAGCAAGCUUGACUUUUGACACACCAGUUACAACAGCAAGUUCAUCACUUGUAGCUCCUGCUACAACAGCAAGUUCAGCAUUUGGAGCUCCUGCUACAACAGCAAGUUCAGCAUUUGGAGCUCCUGCUACAACAGCAAGUUCAGCAUUUGUAGCACCUGCUACAACAGCAAGUUCAGCAUUUGUAGCACCUGCUACAACAGCAAGUUCAGCAUUUGGUGCUCCUGCUACUUCAGCAAGUUCAGCAUUUGGUGCUCCUGCUACAACUGCAACUUCGGCAUUUGGAUCUCCGGCUACGACUGCAACUUCAGCAUUUGGAGUUCCUGCUACAACUGCAACUUCAGCAUUUGGAGUUCCUGCUACAACUGCAACUUUGACAUUUGGAACUCCUUCUACGACUGUAAGUUUAACAUUUGGAACCCCUGCUACAACUGCAACUUUAGCGUUCGGAACUCCUGCUACAACUACAACUUCAGUGUUUGGAUCUCCCACUGUGAAUGCAAGUUCAGUAUUUGGUGCUACUUCAGCAUUUGGAACUUCUGUUUCAACUACAAGUUCAGUCUUUGGUAGUCCUGUUAAUACCAGCACUACUGGGUUUGGUGCUAUGAGUUUAACAAACACGACAACUUCUUCAUUAACUUCAAUGUUUGGUAGUGGCCUCAGUGUCACUACAACUGCGAGCAAAUCAAUGUUUGGCAGUAGUCAGCCUACAACAACUAACACUAAUUCUAUUUUUGGAGGUGGCACAUCAGUUUUUGGAAGCAGCCCUUCUGGUGCAGCAAAUUCCAUAUUUGGCAAUGCAUCAUCAACAACUGCUACUCCAAAUUCAAUAUUUGGUGGUGUAACAUCUACAACUACUGCUUCAAACUCAAUAUUUGGCGGUGUAACAUCUACAACUACUGCUUCAAAUUCAAUAUUUGGAGGUGCAACAUCUACAACUGUUGCUUCAACACCAAUGUUUGGUUCUCAAAGUUCAUUUGGUAGUUCUGCACAACAAAGUAGUUCCAUAUUUGGUGGCUCUAGUAAACCAACUAGCAAUAUUUUUGGAGGGUCAAAUCCUUUAAAACCAGCAACUGCUAUUUUUGGACAACAAUCUACAUUCGGUGCUGCUUCUGGAGGUUCAAUAUUUGGAGGCAAUUCGCAAAAUACUUCUCCUUUCAGUACUCCCACAACACAAUCUACAUUUGGAAGUUUUGGAUCACCAUCAACUGGGUUUGGAAAUACAGGUUCAUCUUCUUUUGGGAGCGGUGUAUUUAGUGGAAAUUCUGCAGGAGCGAGUGUAGCUCAAGGAGGAUUUGGAUCUCCUCUUUCUAUGAAUAAACCAGCAGGUGGCUUUGGGUCUCCUCCCACUUUCGGCUCAGCACCUGCUUUUGGAGCUACUCCUAGUUUUGGUUCUCCGCCUAGUUUUGGAGCAGCACCAGUUUUUGGUUCUGCACCUGCUUUUGGUAGCCCAACAAAUGCAUUUUCUAACCCUGUAGCGCAAACAUCUGCUUUCAGUUCACCGACACAUCAGUCAACUACUUUUGAGAAUUUAGCAUCUAGCAAUGUUAUAUCUUUUGGAAAUUUAGCACAAGGUUCUCCACAGCAAACAAAUAAACCUGCAUCAUUUUCUGGGUCUUCAUCAUUUUCCAGCUGGAGGUAG